AAACAAGGAGUAGUAGACUUCACUGCUCGUUAAGGCUUUGAAUUGCGCAAGACUCACCAGUUAAGCCAACGAGUCAAACAUGACUGGAAGGUGCUUAUCCAUACUGGAGCCUUGACACCAGCUUUGGCUUACUCGGUUGUACAGCAAGCAAGGAUUAUGACGGAACAGUAGAACUGGCUUCGGCAAGCUGCGCACAGCUAGGACGAUGGACGAGCGCAUAGUUGCGCUUGUCCUUACCUUCCUUUUUGUGCUACCAGCAUGCGCUACCCGCGAACGACCUUGGUGCGAGGGUGGGAGCGCACUAUGCAGGACGGGAAGCGCAGAAUCCCGUUACGGACAUCGCACGCUGGUAUCAGGAAAUGGACUGGUAUACACGUUCGGUGGGCGCAAAAGCGCCAUGCCAACCGAUGUGACGCUGUCCAACACGCUGGAGGAGCUGGAGCCCCGCAGACGCACCCUGAGGACGCAGCUGCUGUCGGGAUGGCAGGCUGUACCGGGUCGCUCGGGUCACACCAUGGUUGAGUGGUUGGACGGGGUGGGCCGGCGGCAUCUGGUGGUCUUCGGUGGUACGGCACGACGUGACCUUGACAACGACUCGCCCGGCGGAGACGACGAGGACGCCGGCGCUUCUUCAUCAUCAGCUGGGUCGGAAUUGCUGUCGGACGUCGCGUCCAUCAACCUGCAGACCUUCACUUGGUCGCUGCACAACAACACAGGCGUGGGCCCAAGUGGUCGCAAGCAUGCCUCAGGAACGGUUUGGCACGACAAUGUCAUGCUCGUGUACGGCGGAAUAACCGCAGAUGGUACGACGAGCAACGAGCUAUGGGCGUACAACUUGACGACACAAAGGUGGAUCGGCCAAGUGUCAUCUGACUCCUCGCUGGGCGGCUCGCCUCCCGCACUGCAGUCCGUAGCUCUGGCGGUUGCAGGCGACUUCCUCCUGUUGUACGGCGGUUAUAGUACGGAUGAGCUGUACGUCCCGACGCCGUCACCACCCUCGCCGCCGCCGGGUAUGCCAGUACUGCCCGGUGGUGGCUCCAUCCCGGCUGCCGGGCCGGUUGCUUUCCCAGCUAAUGGGACAAGCAGCGGCGGCGCAAGCAACAGCAGUAGUAGUACCGCUGGAGCGCCGCCCCCUGGCGCCGGUAGCGGCUUAGCUAACAGCACCGUUGGAUCACCGCCCACAGGUGACACCAGCAGCCAAACAAACGGCGCUGCUAACGGAACGCCCCCUGGAGCUUCUGGCAGCAGCACAACUCAGGGUGCACCUCCAAGCAGCGCCCAGCCUCUCAGCUUUGCCCAACCUCCUAUUGUCGCGAAGCCUCCCAGCAACGCUCAACCUCCUAGCAGCGCCCAACCUCCCAGCAACGCCCCACCUACCACCAACACCCGACCACCCCCCAGCAACACCCAACCCCCGAGCAACGCUCAACCUCCUAGCAGCGCCCAACCUCCCAGCAACGCUCCACCUACCACCAACACCCCACCCCCCAGCAACACCCAACCCCCGAGCAACGCUCAACCUCCUAGCAGCGCCCAACCUCCCAGCAACGCUCCACCUACCACCAACACCCCACCCCCCAGCAACACCCAACCCCCGAGCAACGCUCAACCUCCUAGCAGCGCCCAACCUCCCAGCAACGCCCCACCUACCACCAACACCCGACCUCCCACCAACACCCCACCUACCACCAACACCCCACCCCCCAGCAACGCUCAACCUCCUAGCAACGCCCAACCUCCCAGCAACGCCCCACCUACCACCAACACCCCACCCCCCAGCAACACCCAACCCCCGAGCAACGCUCAACCUCCUAGCAGCGCCCAACCUCCCAGCAACGCUCCACCUCCCACCAACACCCAACCCCCGAGCAACGCUCAACCUCCUAGCAACGCCCAACCUCCCAGCAACGCUCCACCUCCCAGCAACGCUCAACCUCCUAGCAGCGCCCAACCUCCCGCCAACGCUCCACCUACCACCAACACCCAACCGCCCGCUAAGGCCCCACCUCCCAGCAACACCCAACCUCCUAGCAGCGUCCAACCUCCCAUUAAUGCCAAGCCAUCUGGCAACGUCCCGCCUCCUCCCAGCAACGCCCAACCCCCGGGACCCCAGCAGCAGGGUGGUGUCGCAUCGGGUCGCAGGCGGCUCUUCCUGCAGAGCGGCAUGCCGGCAGCUCAGCCCGUGCGCCCGCCUGCUCCUGCACCCCCGCCACCAGGGGCUCCGAGCCCUCCGCCGUCACCGCCGCUGCCGCCGCCAUCACCGCCGUCACCACCUCCGCCUCCCUUGCCGCCGUCACCUGCACCGUCACCGCCCUCACCGCUUGUCCUGUCCCGAUCCUUCUUGCUGUCCAAGGCUCUGUGGGUGGCAGACCUGCGAGCCUUCCCGACCGCCGUCCCAUGGGUCAGGGCACAGCUGCAGGUCCUGUCCUCCUCCACCUCCUCCUCAGCUCCCAGCAGCAGCAGCUCCUCCUCCUCACAGUCGCAGUCCGGGGUGCACAUGGGUGGCUUUGACACGUUUGUCUCGACGACGGAACAGGAUGACGCAUUGGUUAUCUACGCGGCUGGUGGCGUGAAAAAGUCCGGUGUAGAGUCGCAGUCCGCAUGGCGCCAGUGGUACGCCCGCUACUCAGUCUCAAACAUCACACAGGCGCUGAAUGGCCUGGCCUCCGCCAUCACUGCUGCCCGCACAGCAAACGCAUCAACCACCACCUCACAAACACCAAGCUUAGAAACCACGAGCACCAACACUAGCGCUACCGGUUCCGCUUCCAACAUUAGCGUGAACCUUCAGCUUAGGCGUAACCGGCUCUUCAUACACCAUGACCUCCUUACAGCGGCGUCUGCAGCUGACCCAUGGGUCAAUGCCGACGGCUCGGCUGCUGAUGUUGCAUCUUCUGGGGCCAAUGUGUCGUCGCUGCCUUCAGACCUUGGUCCGGCGUUCGUACGGUCUCAGACGUGGGCUCCUCUGCAGGGGGGUCUCACGUUACUUCAUGGGGGCUAUUAUAAUCAAGACGGCAGUUUGCCUUUAGUGGCCACCAGCCGGCGCCUGCAGCUGAUCUGGUCCUCAGGCGGCUCUCAAGUUCUUGACAAUGCCACCCUCAAGCACUCGUACUUCGAAACCGCCUCAUCGUUUGUUGUGAUGCGCUCGAUGCAUGCCCUGACGCUCCAGUCCGACUCGGCUAGCAGCAGCAAUGACGACAGCAUACCUUCAACUGGGCUGUUCUUCUUUGGAAAGCACGACACUUCUUCAGUGGAUCAACCCGUCCUGACGGAAGCCGCCAUAUCCAAUGUCAACGCGUACACCGUGACCCUCUGCUCCACCGACUUGAGCUACGACUGCAAAACCAUGCCCGCGCGGGCGGGCGUGGAAUACAUCAAGCGUGAUGCCUACGCGUCUGCGCCCCUGCUGGCGUCCUACAGUGGAAACUUCUACGGCAAGUCUUCCGACGAACAGUUUACCGUGCAUGCACCGUUGGUGCUUGUGUACGGAGGUAUAAAUGUCGCCGGCGGGCUGCCUCCCACGCGCAGUACAGAAACAAGCAGCAGCGACUCCUCGUCUCAGCUCAAAACCGCCCUCAUGGCAUGCGACACCCGCGGCCUCAUCUCAGCCUCCGACUGGGCUACCUACGCCUCUUGCGCUGUGAGCCGCAUGUCCUCGUCGUCCUCGCCCUCGUCAUCCACUUCUUCUAGCAGUUCCAAAAACAUGCUGGGACGCCGCCGCCGUCUCAACCACAACCGUGUGCUCCACGGCGACCCCGAGCCCCGGUUUUGGCAGGAACAGCGGCACGAACCGGGCCAGCAGCACUCAGCUUGCAGCGCUGGGGAGCAUCGUAAUGGCUGCGAUAACAGGAGCAGAGGGGACGAGCGGGGCGAGUUAUACCAUCCUUACUACAUGGACGGCGCUUUGGGCGACUUGCCGGUAUUACAGCAGCCCGGCGGUUGGAGCAGCAGCAGGAGGCGGCUGUCGACCGCCAGUGGGGCCGACGCGGUGACGCGGACGUUCUAUGACACCGCGGUGGUGCUGGUGAUGCAGGAGGCUAGCGCCGCGGAGCCGCUGACAGUGACAGCGAGUGCUGUUGGGAACAGCACAAGCAUCCUUUUCGACAAAGUGUACAACCUGCAGGGCGGCACCUCCCAUUCGCCUGGCCCACGGGUCGGCGCCUCCAUGGCGGGCCUCACCAGCCGCUCCGCACUGCUGUUUGGAGGCGCCACCUUCAACAAGAGUGCCGCCCUGGCAGAUGGCCUGGUCUCCCUAGAUGAGCUCGUGCUCUCUCGCGAUGUGCACUACCUGCGAUACUACGUGGGCGGUGAGACAGUCGACUCCUCCCCUACCUACGGCAUGUCAGCCUGCCCUUCCUCAAACAGCAGCAGCAGCAGUAGCACCUGCGUCCCAGCGACACUCUUCCCCUGGACUCCGCCGGUCCCUUCACCGCCCUCAGAGGCUCCGGUGCUGCAGCCCAGCAUCUCUGAUCUGCCCACAACCGCUGCCAACUUUACCUGCAGCGCCGGUCGGACGGUCCGUGUGGAGGUGGUAGCCAGUCUUGACCCAGCCGCCCAGGCGGCAGCAGGCUUCCGUAUCGCCACGUGGGAUGGGGAGGUGCUGAUGGAGGUGCAGGGGCUGGCAUCCACUUCCACAGGUGGCGUUUCCAGCAGGGUGACGUCGUACGGCAACGUGGUUCUGCCCACGGGUCUCCUGCAGAUAUGGCUCGUUUCGUCAGAUGGCUUCGGCUGGACGCGUGACGCGGAUGUCACAGGUCCUGCUGCCGGCUGCUGUAAUGCAACUGCGGCCACAGCAGCGGUUGCAGCGGGCAUGAGUCAGGCAGCCGCAUGGGCGUCGAUGACGUCCUGUUGUCCGCAGCUGCGGCUCUUCUCGACGUCCUGCAGGAGCUAUGUGCAGGGCUUUUCAACGGGCGAGGCUAUGUUUGACGUCGGUAUGGACAACCGUCACAAUGCGUCGUUUUACCAGUUCCGGCAACUGUACGGCCUUGUCGUACAACCCACGUCAGCCGUACUGCCUUCCGGUGACACUGCGUCGUACAUCCAGUACCCGCUGGAGCAGCGGGGCAGCUACCUGCACACGUUUGAGCUCCAACCACUGGCAAGCUCAUCGCUGCCGCCGGCACGCUAUAGGCACGCCUCGGUCUUUGUGAACACCUCCGCCGCGUAUGAGGUAUACGGCGCCGCCGGUAUGCUCGUCGUGUACGGCGGAAGUUCUUCUUACAGCGUUGCAAACCCUGCGUCACGUCUGUCGGACCUUUGGGUCUUCUGCCUGUGCAACCACACAUGGGUAAAGUUGGAGCCUGAAGGGGAUGCCCCGCCCGCGCUCAUAGACCAUGCAAUGGCUGCGGUAGAUUCGCAGGUGUUUGUGGGCGGUGGCGAGUACUUCAACCCAGCCAGCGGCACCUUCCAGCAGGACAGCACCGUGUACCAGCUGGACUUCGGACUGCCCAUCCUCAUGUGGCGCAAGCUUGCAGGCGGCUCUAACAUCUUCAACACAAGCACACCCACCACGGGUGCCUACUCGCUCGCCUAUGUACCCUCCUUGAGCCAGCUCGCCUUCUCCACGCCCACGGACCUUCUGAUGGUUCCUGUGACCCUCAGGAGCUCCCUGGGCGUCUCCGGCACCAAUGCCUCAAACGGCAGUGGCGGCAACUCUUCGACUUCUUCAGGCAUUUUGCUGGACAGCCGUACGCUGACGUCACUGCUAACGACCCUGUACGACGGCGAUACAGUACUGCUCACGGCUGUGUCUGACAUACAGAUUGAACUAGGGCAGCCGCUGCUGAUUAACGCUGCCGUAUUCAUGCAGGGCCGCUACUCCCAGGCCUCCGAGCUCAGCACGCGUUUGGGCCGCCGGCAACUCCUUCAGGGACUGGGCCACCUUGGUCCCAUGCUUGACGGACCCGACUUGGGUGUGGACGCAGACGUUGACUCCGACUCCCAGCAGCGCAAUCUCCCCUAUGCUGGGCUCCAUGAAGCUCCUGCUGCGUCUGGGGCAUCCUUCAGAGACCGCCACAGCCGCCAGCAGGCUGCUGCUGCUGUUUUCCGUUUAACAGCCAACGAACGUGACGGCAGCUUCCGGCUCGUCCGCCAAGCCACCCACGACUACAGCCGCGCUGCACUGCAACCUGCCCCAAGCGGGCGUUCCCAUCCCCAGCCUCACACGCAACAGAGCGGCAGCAAUGGAGGUAGUCGACGGCUGUUUGAGGACGCAUCACCACAGCCGCCACAGCCCCAGCCACCGCAACCGCCAUCACCGCCAUCUCCACCAGUGCCGGCGGACGACGUGAACAGCCUUGCCUCGGCUGCGCUGCUUGAGGAGUACCUGGCAGGGGCGGCGCUGACCGUGAUAGACUGCGCAGGAGCUGAAAGGGCGCUGACUGUCCACUCGGGCGGCGCGACCCUGCAGAACCUGUUGUUCCGCGGAUGCACCGACACUGCGGUGCUGGUCGACAGUGCCUCCUCGUCUGCUGUACGUUUACUCAACUGCGUCUUCUACAAUAACACGGGCACAUCCGGUGGCGCGCUGCGUGUGGCCUCGGGCUCCUCGGUCGUGCUGCAGGACUGCUUGUUCCUGGACAAUGACGCGACGUACGGGGGCGCCGUGUAUGUGGAGGCUGGGGGCAGCCUCAGCAGCGUGCAGCGAGUAACAUUCCUGCGUAACGGCAACGGUCCACGUAACGAAGCUGGUGGUGCUAUGUACGGCGCCUCUGGCAGCUGCAUCCUCUCUGUUACCGACUGUGCCUUUGACAGCAACGGCGAUGCAACUGCUACUGCCACCGGCGGUGCCGUACUGCUCGAGCUGCCGUCUUGCAGCGGCGUCAGCUUCUCUCGUUGCUCCUUUGCACGCAACAUGGCGGCCACGGGUGGUGCAGUGGCAGUAAGCGGGUUUGAUUCCACCGCGGCGUUAAGUCUGGCGGAGUGCAAUUUCACCUCGAACAAUGCUUCUUCUCAGGGCGGUGCAUUGAGCCUACAGGUGGCGUACGGCUCCGUGCAGCUAACCAGCUGCCGCUUCGAAACCAACACGGCUCUGCGUCGCGGAGGCGCCGUACUGAGCAGCAGCGCCCGCAACAUAAGUGCAAGCCAGUGCACCUUUUCAGGCAACAAGGCGUCUUUGGGCGCUGGAGGAGCAUGGUGUGCUGAGAAGGAAGGCACUCUGGACAUCAAGAGCUGCAGCCUGUACGACAACACUGCCCUGUACGGCGGCGCCAUGAGCCUCAACCGCGACCUGCAUCUGGUGCUGACCGACUCCGACUUGCACGACAACGCUGCUAGCUAUGCGGGAGCGCUUGAGGCGCAGGAGUGCACGCUUUUGGAGGUUGUCCGUUGCAGCUUCACAAACAACAAGGCGAACUCCGCUGGCGCAGUGUCCUUCAGCCAGGCUGAGAAGGGCGCCCGCAUCACCAACUGCAACUUCACGUCUAAUGCCGCCGCGACUCAAACCUCGUCCAGCGAUCCAUGCGGGCGAUACGGCAGCGGCGGAGGCGGAGCGGUCUGCCUCGAUGUGGCCGGUGAUGUCGUCAUUUCCGGCGGCACUUUCAGCAACAACACAGCGACCAACGGAGGGGCGUUAUGGGCCGCCCAGAAAUGCAGUCCGUCCUCAGAUGACGCGUGCGGGUACGUGUGGUUGUACGGCACAAACAUGUACGGUAACCGUGCAGUUGAUGGCGGCGGCGGUGCCGUAUUCGUGUAUGAAGCAGAAGACUUACUCGUGUCUUGUGAUACUGAUGACACUUCUGGAGCGUACAACACUACCAGCUUCCUCAAAGCAGCUAUAACUCCAUCAUCGCUGUCAUCACCGCAGCCGUCGUUUUCAACGUCCGGAAGGGAAAGUGUUUGUAAUGGCAGCUGGUACGGUAAUACAGCGCUGUACGGCGACAUCAUAGCAUCUACGGCGGCUUCAAUGCGGAUUCUGGUGCCCCAGAACGGUUUCCUGCAGCAGUACCGUUCAAACGACCAACUAAUUGUGACGGUUGUGGUUUUGGAUGCCUUUGAGCAAAGCAUCUCAGGUGGUUCUCCUGAGGCAUCCACCACUUUCAACGCCAAGGCCGUCUCUACACAGCCGGUUGGAGUGCUUACACAGAGUGCAACAAGCGGAGUUGCCAACUUCUCGUCUUUGCGUGUGCGAGAGCGGCCUGGCAACUACACAUUCAAUCUAUCUGCCUACGGCACGUACCACAGCCUCUCCCAUGCGGUCGUCUCUGUGGAGGUGCGGCUGUGUCUGCUGGGGGAGGUGACCAACGCCGCGGGCGACCAGUGCAGCCCCUGCGCGGAGGGGAGCUUUAGCUUCAACCCGGACAAUACCACAUGCGACAGUUGCCCCGAGCACGCGUCUUGUGCGCCGAACGGUACAUCAGGGUACGUGCUGCUUCCGGAGGACGGCUACUGGCGAAGUGGGCCGUACAGCCCGCAGGUCAUCGAGUGUCCCAACUCGCGCGCUUGCAGCUAUGACGGUCUCAGCCGCCUCUCGUCGGUUCCAUUCAUCGAGGCCAGCCGGCAGGAUGCAAUGCUAGCGGCCAUUCUGGACAUCAAUGGGGCCGGCGAGCGCAGCCCCUUCCGCCGCAACGGCUCCCGGGCGGCAGUGGAGCUCUUCCAGGGGCUGCAAUGCAGCGCCGGCUACUGGGGCAACGUGUGCGGCGGCUGCAUGCCCGGCUACGGCCGCACCGGGGAGGCCACCUGCUCUCGCUGCCCCGCUAGGUGGGUCAACACGAUGUACUACGUGUUGGUGUCCCUGAUCAAUGUCAUUGUCAUCGCAAUCACCAUUCGAGCACAGCUGGUGCGUAGCGGCGCCAAGAAGGCGAAGCGGCAGCUGCAGCAGCAGCAGCUGGACCAAAGGAGACGUGGAUCGAAGAGUGCCGCAGACCGCAGUGGCACCGGCGAGGGUGUAGCUGCAGUGCAGGAGGAUGCGGAACGCCCGCCCCCACCUCCACCUCCGCCGCCUCCACGCUCGCCUCUAUCUCUCCUUGGGGGUCGCGGCAACGGUGCACUGAGACCAGGCGAAGACGGGAAGAUCGCUGCAGCCGGCGAUCUCAAAGAAAACGGCAACAAGACGGCCGAUGGAGCUGGAAACGACAGCUCCAAGAAAAACAAGAAGGUCGAUUUGAUGACAGAGGAGGAACUUAUGUCAGGGACGCACUCUAUCGUACUUAAGAUCCUGGUGACGUACCUCCAAGUCGCCUCCAUCGUAAAGGAUGUGGCGGUGGUCUGGCCGUCCCCCGUGCAGUGGCUGCUAAACAUUGGCAGGGAGAUCAGCAACGGUGUUGCCACCAUGGUCUCCCUGGACUGCUCCCUGCCCUCGGGCGGCCCUCCCAAGAGCAUCUCCCGCGUCGUCAUCACCGUCACUGCACCUUUCAUUCUUAUGACUCUGUCCCUGCCGGUCUGGGCGCUCAUCGCUGCUGCAGUGGCAGCCCGGCGCCGGCGGCAGGGCCAGCCCCCCCUGGAGCUGCGGAACUACCUGGGAACCCGCCUCAUCAUCACCGCCAUCACCAUCGUCUUCUUCACCUACCCCACCGUCACCAGUGCGCUCCUGGGCAUCUUCGCCUGCCCGCUGCUUGACAGCAAGCGAUCCGGUGGCGCACCCUAUGUGGACCAACUGGAGGCUCCGGGCCGCUUUUGGGCUUCUGACUACAACAUGCAGUGCUACGAGGGACCCCAUCGUGUGCUGAUGCUGGUCCUGGGGGUGCCUGGCGUGCUACUCUUCAGCUGUGGGGUUCCGGCCUUCAGCGCCUGGUUCCUGGGGCGGCAUGUGGACAAGCUGCGCCGAAGGAAAUUCUAUCAGGCGUACGGUUUCCUGUACAGUGACUACGAGGACCGGUGCUAUGCCUGGGAGAGCGUCAUCAUGCUUCGCAAGCUCGGCAUGGUGUUAGUGGUGGUCUUCCUGGGAGCCAUCUCCGUACAGGUGCAACUCCUGGUGGCGCUGGGCAUCAUCUUCCUCGCGCUGGCAGCCCAGACGCUGUACGACCCGUAUCGCUGCCCCCGCAUGGACAACUUGGAGCGCCUCAGCUUGUACGGCACCACAACCAUCAUCUACAUCGCGCUGUUCUUCCUGCUCGAUGUGGGCGACACGGCGGCGCUGGUGCUCACGGCGGCACUCGUGGGGCUGAACGGCUGCUUGGUGGCGUGGUUCAUCGUGGUGCUGUUCAGAGAGGUCGCUCGUGGCCUCAUGCGCAACUUGGAUCUGGAUCGUAACGGAGUGCUGACGGCAUCAGAUGUCAUGCGCAGUUUGGACGCCAUGUCUAUCAAGUACCCUUGGCUGGCUCGCCGACUCCUGGCAGUGGAUGCCUGGGCGCGCAGCCACGCCUUCGUCGCGCGCAUCCUGUCCUACUCCUACCCUUACGGAGAGCUGUCUUCACCCUGGCUGGCGACCGAUCGCUUGCCUGACGCGGCGAACCUCAACUCGGCGACCGUGCCUGGCUCUGCCUCCGCCGACACAACCGGGGCUGCUGCUGCUGCUGCCUCGGCUGAAGAACGACAGCCGUCCAGUGAGUUGGCCAGAGCUACUGAGGCCACCGAGGUAACGGAAGUUCAAGAGGUGGUGGCUUCAAAGGCGCUUGCCGCCGCCGCCUGUGGCAGCAGCGGCACUACCAGCCGGUGUAGUAGUGCGGUGGGGCGCGGCAACGACAAUCACGGCGAUGUCGAGGCCCCGCGUGAUGUGCCGUUGCUUCCUCUGCCUCUUGGCGAUCUUCCAGCCUACAACCGAGCUAUGUCUGCAGCGAGGUCCUCAGCGGGCUCUGCACCCUCCGUUGGUAGCUCUAGGACGCCUCACAUGCAGCCGGAGGACAUCCACUUGCUGCACCGUUCCGUGGACGAAGCAACUCCCACGGUAGCAGCAGCACCGGCAGUGGCAGGCGCCGCUGUCGCGGCCUACGCAGGCGCCCUGCCGGCAGGAAACCGCGCCGUUUCACCUCGUCCUACCUCACCGCUGGGAGUGGCUAGCAGGGCAAGUAGCGCCAGCACCCGUCCGGGAUCACGCGGCGGGGCUGCCAACAUCUUUGGCAUCUUCUCAGCCGGUGAGCGUCGUGGCAGCGUCGGUGGCGGCGUUGGCAGCCGAGCUGGAUCCAUAACUUCCAAGGUGUUUCCGGAGCCUGUUACUGCGCAAACGCCAGUGGCCGCGAAUCCGAUGACGGCGGCUGCAGCGGUUAUGGUUGCAGGGCUAGGGAACGCCGCGGUGGCGACAGCCGGGGAUGCCAUCGCCCUUCGCACGUCACAGGAUCGCCGUCCGGGCAGUCCAGGUUUCGGACCUAGGCCUAGUCCCAGAUCGAGCCCAGUGUGUGGUAGCAUGGCGGCCGCAGGCAGCAGCAUGCAGUGCAGCACCGGAGGCGCGGCUGGCUCCGUUGGAGCUGCUGGCGGUGUCUGCAAACCCCGCCGCAGCAUGUCUGCAUGGGAGGAAGCUGCUGGAGAAGGUAGCCGUCUGCAGGUAGUGGACGCGGAAGGGGAGGCUGGCGUCUUAGCGCCAGCGCCGGUCUGUGACAGCAGCACCGGCAGCCGUCCGGGGAGCUCCCGGCCAGCACCGGCACAAGGCCGCCACUCCUCCACCACUCCAUCCUGUAGCCUCCCUCCAAGGGGUCCCUCUCCCGGCGUGUCCGCGUCGCAGCAAGGAGUUAGCAGUACGCCGUACAGCCCCUCAGCCCCGCCCUCAUCGCCACUGCGGUCAUCCACGCCACGGGAGGAGCUCUUGCAACCGCAAGCCGCGGUACCAAGGCAAGAACCACAGCAGCAGCUGCUGCCGCAGGAACAGCAAAUACCCGGAGAGGCGGAAGCCGUGGAGGUCUUGGAACCUCCUGGCAGGACAUUGUCGGUUGAUUCUAACGGUAGCCGGAUUAUGACGGCGCCUGGACGUACGUCAACCGCUGCCAGCCCCGUCCCGGGUGUUCCCCUCGGCGCACCGGUGGCGGCAGCGACAGCGACAGGUGGGUUCAAGGAGCCCAUCUUUGGAUCGGCGCCACAUUCAGCGGCCACGCUACCGGGUCUUGGGCAGCAUGGCGGGCCUGAGAAUGAAGGGGCUGCUGGUGGCGCUGCUUGAGCCAUCAGUGGCGGCAGGGGCGAGAGUUACUGGAUGCAAUGACGAUUACAAUGGUUCAUUGUAUCCAUCGUGGAUUGUAAGGGAACAGCGGAGGGUGGUCUUUUUGGGAGUUCCGGAACUUACCAUGUUCGUGUCUCUUGCUAGGACUGCGCAUUCGGGUGGUGCUAACCGCUACGUUUAGUUGCUCACCUUUUUGCCACGAACACAAAAGCUGUCAAGUGCCUUCCAAGCGCUGCCUGCUGUGCUUGCUGCUUGGACGACCUUUCUAAAGCUUGUACUGCCUUACGCUGCUUUGGUGCUUAUGUGGUACACACAGCUGACAAUAUCCAUUGCCUGCACUUCCAUACGCGUGUUAGAAACGGCAUUCCACUGCAUCAAGGAAACUGCCAGGUGUCCGUGCACACAUGCAUACGUUCCUACUCGCGGCCAGUGUCCAUUAAAACAUGCAUGCGCGCCCAUAUGCAUAUGCGUGAUGCCCUGCGUGCUAUUGGAUGCAUAGGAGGGUUGCGUCCGUACGAGCAGGCAGGUAUACUGCUGUCGCAUGCAUGAGGCGUUUCAGCCUGGCCCCGUCGUCCUGAUGCUGGGCAGGUGAACUGAGAAUGCCGCAGAACACGCGGAUACACUGCGGCAUGAGGAAGUCAUGUCAUUUGGCCCAAAAUGCUAAAUUAUACUCGUCAAUUACCGUUCAUCCUGCGCCUUCAAUACGCAACAUUCAGUUUGGCUUUGUCGCUGUUAUCGUUGGAUUGCUUACUGAGGUGCUGCAUGAUAGUUGGCUACCGGUAACUGUGAUUCGUGUACUUGGGAAGCAGAGGACAUGUGCACGUGUGUGCCUUUCGCUAGCUGCUUGGAUAGGUGCGGUGGCGCUCUGCGUUUUCCUCACGUCGUAUCUGUGCACAUUUGGUUGCAAACUUUGCGCCAUUGCCGUGCUGCUGUGCACAAAACCUUCGAAGGAGCAGUGUAGGACAAGCGGCUUUGUUUUUUGCUGGCAGGCAGGAUUCCCCAUAAGUGUUAGGGCUUAGGGGAUGGCAUGCCGACGUGGCAAUUGCAGUGGGUAGGUUUAUAGAGAAUGUAGACCCAUAAUGCGAACUAUUCGAUAUGGUUUUACAAGCUUGCUACUGCUUGCUACUGCGUUAUUCUAGUGGGUUUUUUUACCGAGGCAUUCCCCUUAGGCAGGUGCCAAGUUUGGCGUACCUAGGAGGCGACAGAGGACGUGUUCAGGAAGGAGAAGGACGAAACCUCCUUAUGCAGGCUCUUCGGAGCUAUGUUUAUCCUGCAUCCUAGACUUUAUUCGUUGUCAGGAGAGAGGCGCUGUCGAGGGCAAGCUCAGGCAAUGGAUUAACAGUCUAAAUGUCGAUGUAAUUGUUGGGUUUGUGGAUGUGUAUCCUUGGAAGCGGGGAGGAUGUUUGGUGCGGCAAAUGUGCCUUUGUUGUGGCCUUGAGUCUAUUCUUACACCAGUAUGGCGUUAUCCAUGUACGGCUAUACAAAACGAGAACCCA